AUGACUCUAAUUCUCGCGGGCGUCCUAGCCGCGCUCCUCGCGCAGGUCCCAGCAUCCCUCGCCGCCGGCUGUCAAGAGGCCUGCGCCCAGCUCCGCACCGAAUUCGACACCUCCGUCCACCUAGGUGGCAACGACCCGGACUUCGCCAUCUGGGACAUGAAGCAGCAAGAAGCCAAGCCAGCAUGCCGCUUCGAGCCCGCCGCCGCGACCCAGGUCUCCCGCGCCGUCGAGGUCGCCGUCGCGCACUGGUGCCGCUUCGCGAUCAAGGGCGGCGGCCACAUGACGAACCCGGACGCGUCCAACUCGCGGGGCGGCAUCACCGUGGACCUGCACCGCAUGAACCACGUCGAGAUCGCGGAGGACCGGUCACGGGCGGACCUCGGGCCGGGACACGUCCUCCGCAACGCGUACCGGGCUCUGGAGGUGUAUAAUUUGACCAUGGUCGGCGGAAGGACGGCGGACGUCGGGCUGCCGGGGUUCACCAUCGGAGGCGGGCUGUCGAAUCUCUCGCCGCAGUACGGGUUGGCUCUGGAUAACGUGUACGAGUAUCAGCUCGUCCUCCCCAACGCCACGAUCGUGAACGUCUCGGAAACGGCGCAUCCGGAUCUCUACUUCGCCCUCCGCGGGGGCGGCAACAACUUCGGCAUCGUGACCAACUUCCGCGUCCGCCUGGUCCGCCAGGGCCAGAUGCUGGGCGGUUCGAGGACGUACUCGAUCAACUUCACCGACCAGCUCGUCGAGCAGUCGCACCAGCUGGCCACGGCCAAAGCGGAGGACACGUACAUGUCCUUCUGGAGCCGGUACUUCUACGAGCCCGCGAGGGACCGGUUCCGGAUGAGCUUCUCGCAGGCGUACUACGAGCCGGUGCUGGAGCCGGCUGUUUUUGAGGAGGUGAAUAAGAUUCCGUUCGAGGAGGGGAACUUGCGCAUCGACUGGAUGAGCAAUCAUAGCCUUGAUAGCGUCUCUCCUCAUGGGUUCCGUCGGGUGUACGCCAGUAUCACCUACCGCCCUUCACAGACUCUGCAUAAGAAGAUCAUCAACAUCUUCUCCGAAGAGGUUGGCGAGAUUAAGACGACUCCGGGGCUUUCGACGUCAGUUGUCGUCCAGACGCUCCAUCAUAACGCCAUCAAAGCGAUGAAGACACGCGGUGGGAACGCUCUUGGAGUCGAGUCCGAUGGACCGUUGAUGAUCGCCCUUCUAACACUCGGAUGGUCCAACGCCGAGGACGACGCCGCCAUGUACUCAUAUGCCGACCGUUGGGUCGACAGAUGCGCAUCCGAAGCGAACGCGCUUGGUCUGUUGCAUCCCUGGGUUUACAUCAACUACGCCAACCACAACCAAGAUCCGUUCGCGGGAUAUGGCGAGGCGAACAGGUUGAGGCUUCGAAGGAUCCAGGAGGCCAUCGACCCCCGUGGUGUUUUCACGUCGCAAGGUUUGGUCAGGGGCUCUUUCAAGCUUCGGUGA